UCAGACUCCGGACCCGUUCAAAUACCUAAAGGAAAAGUUAUAAGCAAACGAUGGCGAAUACUCAGAAAACUCGGUGAAGGUGGAUGUGGCGCAGUUUACAAAGUAGAAGAUAUGCAAACAAAAAAGGAAGUUUUACGGCGGCUCAAAAAUAANCCGUAUGUUACUCAACUUCUGCAUUCUGGUAAAAGGGAAUCGUAUAGCUACAUGGUCAUGACGUUGUUGGGAGAAAGUUUACGACACAUUACAAAGAGGCUUGGUAAAGUUUUUAGCGUCUCAACGCAAGUAAGAAUCGGCAUUAAUGUACUCUUCAGCCUGAAGCAAAUACAUGAUGUCGGUUUCGUGCACAGAGAUAUCAAACCGGCAAAUAUGGCUAUUGGGCGAAUCGGGACACCAGAAUACAGAUUUAUUCAUAUUUUGGAUUUCGGAUUGGCAAGAGAAUUUGUGGUUCACAGUGGUGAGGGGAAACUGAAAAUGAGGCGACCACGUCCAAGAGCCCUUUUUCGGUAUGACAAUAGACUGUGUUACAUCUGA